CGCCUGAAGGUACCGCGUUCAUCUGUAGAAGCAAUAGUACGCAAGUAUAAAAAUCAUGGGACCACGCAGCCGUCAUACUGCUCAGGAAGGAGAUGCGUUCUGUCUCCUAGAGACGAACCUACUUUGGUGAGAAAAGUGCAAAUCAAUCCCAGAACAACAGCAAAGGACCUUGUGAAGAUGCUGGAGGUAACAGGUACAAAAGUAUCUAUAUCCACAGUAAAAUAAGUCCUGUCGAUAUAACCUGAAAGGCCCCUCAGCAAGGAAGAAGUCACUGCUCCAGAACUUACUUACUUAUUUUCCACCAUUAAAAAUCCUACAAUGUGAUUUUCCCAAUUUUUUUUCUCAUUUCGUCUGUCAUAGUUGAAGUGUACCUAUGAUGAAAAUUACAGGCCUCUCUCAUCUUUUUAAGUGGGAGAACUUGCACAAUUGUUGGCUGACUAAAUCAUGUUUUGCCCCACUGUAUAUGUUUUUGUUCUUGGUUCUUUGUUAUAUGGCCAUUUUGAACAGGUAUAUUUUUGUGUUGUUGUUUGGUGUGUUCCAAUUUUCCCAGAAGUCAGUAGAUUCUAUGGAUUCUUCAAUCACAUUGAGCUGUUUUUUGACAUGCGGUUCCAUAUUUCUUCCGUUCUUUUUCUUACUGUAUUCCGGUAUCGAUUUAAUGUUUCCACAUAGUAAAAGCGCAGGUUUUCUGGGUGUCUGUGUUUUGGUUGGGAAGGUUGCUUGGUUUCGGUCUAAGGUUUUUGCAUUCUUCAUCAAACAAUUUCUCAGAUUUUCUGCAUGAAUUUAUAUUUGAUAUGAUAUGCCUCUCUCUCUCUUUGGUACUCCUUCUGUCUAUUCCCCCAUCUUCCACACUCACCCACAUGCUUACGGCUUCGCUCUCUCUCUCGCUCUGUCUCUAUCUCUCUCUCUGCUGAGCAGGGACUCUGAUGGGUUAGUAGUGGUGGUUCUUAGCCUAUGGGAGUAGAUGCAGAGAGAGCUGUUACAGGGGGAGCACUCUCUCUCUCGCUCAUUCACUCACACUCUCUCUAUUUCACCCACUCUCUCAUGCACUUUCUCUCUCUCGCUCUUGCUCUCUAGCUCUAUCGCUCUCUCACCGUGUUCAUCUCUUUGGAGAAGCUACCAGCUAGUUCCUGGAUUGUAAUUCCCACCUGGAGAGAAGCAUCGAGCAGCGCACGGAUCUGUCACUAUGAGGUUGUUUUCAGCUAUGUAACGUGUUUCGUCAGAACAUGGAGAUCGACCAGUGUCUGCUGGAGUCUCUCCCGUUUGGCCAGCGCCAGCGUCUGGUCAGGAGGAUGCGCUGUGACCAAAUCAGGGAGUACUAUGAGCGGGAGAAGACCUUGCAGAAACUGGGAGGAGGAGUCAAGGUAAACGCCCCGCCUACCAGCCACAUGAAGAGACACAGCAUUCGCUUCAGCCUCGGUGACAUCAUACAGGACGCCAUCGUACGCCACGACGACAAAGAAGUGCUGCGUCUACUGAAGGAGAGAGCUGACCCCAACACACCUAUCUCCUCUGGAGGAUCUCUUCUACACCUGUGUGCUCGUCAUGACAAUGUGUUUGCGGCUGAGGUUCUGAUCGAGCGAGGGUUAAACGUCAACCUGCAGGAUGAGGACCUCUGGACAGCCCUGCACAUAGCGUGUGUGUGUGACCACGCCGACAUGGUGCUGCUACUACUGCUGACUGGGGUGAAUGUUCUACUUCAGGAUGUGAAUGGAAACAUUCCACUGGACUACGCCACAGAGGGAACCGAGACCAGCUACAUCCUCCGAAAACACCUAGAGGAAAACGGUAUAGAUGUGUUGUCCAUGCACACCAUGCGUACUCAGAGGCCCAGCACCAUGUUGUCUGAUGUUCGACAGCUGGUCUCCAGCGGGGUCAGUCUCAACCAACGCAACAGCGACGGGGUUACUUUACUCCACAUAGCGUGUGCUAGUGGCUACAAGGAUGUGGUGUCUGUGCUGCUGGAGCACGGGGCGGAUCCUCAGCCCUCCGACAACGGCUAUUGGACACCUCUCCACCUGGCUGCCAAAUAUGGACAGACAAGCAUCGUUAGCCAGCUGCUGAAGCACAGAGCAGACCCAACUCUCCUGAACUGCAACCAAGACAAGCCCUCAGGCAUAGCAGCAUCUGACCCCAUCAUGGCUAUGCUGCUGAGAGCAGAGGAAUGCUGGGUAGAGAGACUGAAGGACCCCUCUGUCCCCACGCCCCCUUCAGACGAGCGCUACGAUGGAGGCGCACACGACCACACCAUCCUCGUCAAGAACCUAACCCCCCUGUCCAUGUCCCUCUCUAAGAGGGACAGUCUGUUGGAGAGGUGUGCCAUGUUCAGUGAGGUGGGAGGGGGGCUGAGCAGACAACCCUCACUGGACAACGGUCUGGAUGGACCUACAGGACCCUACAGCAAACUAGAGCAGGUGAAGCUGAUGCCUCCAGCACCUAAUGAUGACCUUGCGUCUCUCAGUGAACUCACAAACAGCAGCCUGCUCUACGAGAUGCAGAAACGCUUUGGCAAUGACCAGAUUUAUACCUACAUCGGGCACAUUCUCCUCCUGGUCAAUCCUAACAAAGAGCUCCCCAUUUACUCUUCACUGGUGAGUCAGUUGUAUCUGAGUUCUUCAGGGCGUCUGUGCUCCUCACUGCCUCCUCACAUCUUCUCCUCAGCAGAGAGGGCCUACCACAUGAUGCUGCAGGAGCGACGCCCGCAAUGUUUCAUCCUCAGUGGGGAGAGUGGUUCUGGGAAGACAGAGGCUUGUAAACACAUAGUGAGACACCUGGCAGUGAGAUCCAGCCCCAAAGGCUUCUCUCUUGAGCCCAGGAUGAAUCAAGUGAACUGUAUCCUGGAGGCGUUUGGUCAUGCCAAGACUCCCAUGAAUGACAACUCCAGUCGCGUCAUCAAACUACUCAGCCUGCAGUACUGUGACAAGAGAAAGACACUACUCAGAGCGCGGAUAUACACAUACAUGUUGGAGAAGUCCCGGGUGGUCCACCUGCCUCGUCAGCAACACAACUUCAACAUCUUCUACCUGAUGGCUGAGGGCCUGUCGCCUGAAGAGAAGAGUGCCCUACACCUCAACAACGUCCUGUCUCACAGGUACCUGAGUGCAGGUGUUCCUGCAGAAGACUCCCCUCCUGUGGCCUCAGCUUCAACUCAGAGUAAAGACCGUCUCACUGCAAUCAAACAGGCCCUCAGAGCUCUGGGCUUCAACAAACUGGAGAUGGACAGUGUGUUUAUGCUGCUGUCAGUGGUGCUGCAAGUUGGGGACCUCAGCUUCAUUUCACUGACAGACGUUGAGACCGCCUACCCCUCCAACAUGCAGCUGCUUGAGCGAGUGUCUGGAAUGCUACAGGUGUGUUCUGAUGACCUUAGUUCUGCCCUCACCUCAGAUGUGCAAUACUUCAAAGGUGAUGUCAUCACACGGCGUCACACGGUGGAGAUGUCACAGCACUACAGAGACCAGCUGGCUAAAGCCCUGUACGGACGCCUCUUCAGCUACCUGGUCAACAACAGCAACUACUACCUACAGGGGCAAGACGACAACAUGGGAGACCCUGCUCUUGAGAUUGGAAUCCUGGACAUCUUUGGGUUUGAGGAAUUCCAGAGGAAUGGAUUUGAGCAGCUGUGUGUGAACAUGACCAACGAGCGUGUGAGGCUGUAUGUCUCCGAGGUGCUGUUCCAGCAGGAGCAGGCCGAGUGUCUACAGGAGGCCGUCGCCAUGGAGACGCUCCGGUCACCUGGCAACCAGCCUGCCAUUCUAGACUUUUUCUUCCAGAAGCCUCAAGGUCUGCUGUCUGUGAUGGAUGAGGAGAGUCAGUCGCUGAGGCCUACAGAACAGACGCUCUACAAGAGACUACAGACACACCUCGACAACACACCCACACACGGCAUCUCCCUGACAACCAAGGACGGCAAUGGAAACCCCCCACCCAUAGACCAGGGUCCUGCCUUCACUGUGAAACACUACGCAGGCCAAAUGGCCUAUGACCUCACAGGAUCCCUGGUGAAGAACAAGGACUCCCUCCCCCAAAACCUGCUACUGGUUCUGAAGUCCAGUGAGAGUGUGUUGGUGCAGCAGUUGUUCCAGUCCAAGCUGACCCAGACUGGGUCUUUGGUACCGGGCCAGGCCAGGAUGGCUCUGAGAGGGCCCAAAGCAGCACUUCUCCUAAACAGGAUGUCAUCACCUUCCACCCUGACCCCCGCAGGCCGCGAGCCUCGGAGGUACCUGGACCUCAACAAGCUCUUGAAGAAGAAGGGAGCAACAUCUUUCCUGCAGAGGCUGGAGAGGUGUGGUCCAGUUACGGUUGCUGUGCAGCUGAGGAACUCUUUGUCAGAUGUGGUCAGUAAGCUACAGGCGUGUACCCCUCACUUUGUGGAGUGUGUGCGCCCCAACAGCAGGUGCACGGCGGACUGCUUUGACAGUUUCCACGUGUCUACCCAGCUUCAGUACGUAGGGGUGCUGGAGAUGGUCCAGAUGAUCCGCUAUGGCUACCCUGUACGCCUGCCCUUCAACGGCUUCCUCACCAGGUACAGAGACCUAGUGGACACCACUCUAGCUGGCAAAAAGAAGCUGUCCUCGCAGGAGAAAUGUUGCUUUGUUCUGCAGCAGUGCAAACUCCAAGGAUGGCAGAUGAGCAGUAGUAAGGUGUUUCUGAGGUACUGGCAGGCUGACCAGCUCAAUGACCGCUGCCACCAACUACACAGGAAGAUCAUCACCUGCCAGAAAGUGAUCCGUGGCUGGCUGGCCCGACAGCGUGUGCAUCGUAGACUGUCAUCCCAACAGACGGAGGACUGCAGUGUCCAGAGGUUCCUCCAGGGGGCAGAAGACCAGGGCCUGCACACCUACGACCACCUGGUCAUCCAGAACGCCACCGACAUCGCCCGCGAAAGCGACCACCAGCGCUGCCAUGGCAACGGGUCACACGGCAACAGCCCGCCCCUCGGGGACAGGCCAGAGCCAGUUGGGAAAGAGGAGGACACACCCAAGAGGGUUGUGGAGAAGAGCAGAAGAAACCAAGAUGGCUCGGUUAGUGGGGGGAGCCGGACUAUCCGCCACUUCCGCUCCAGCUCAGUGCCCAUCCCCCUGGCUAUGGAGAACUUGGUACAUUACAGCCCUGGACCAUCCAUCAAAACAGCCCUGCAGCAGGUGGCCUAUAACAACGAGGAUGGGGGAGGAGGGCUCGCAUCGCCACGGAAACAGCCUCCCCCCAAACCCAAGCGGGACCCCAACACUCGUUUGAGUGCGUCGUACGAGGCGGUCAGUGCCGGACUGACCCUGGGACCCUCGAGAGAGAGUCCCACCCCUGAAGGCUGCGGGUCGCCUGCGGGGAGCCCCCCAAAAACACAGCUGUCACCUACGGAUGCUCUGUCCAAGCCGCGGCCCCACAGUGAUGACUACACGACCAUGAGGAAGGUGCCUCCUCCCAAGCCCAAGAGGAGCCCAAACACCAAGCUCACGGGCUCCUACGAAGAGAUCAACGCUGCCGGCAUUAACCUCCUCCAGCUGCGCCCUGCCGACGUCAAACUGGCCCUGCUGUCCCGCGCUGGGGGACUGGGGGGGGUGAUGCGGCACACAGCGUCUGUGGAUGGCCCACAGGCGGUGACACUGAGCCUGCACCAUGACCAGGAUGAGGAGGAUGUGUACAUAGAGAUGGUGGGGGCUCAUGCCAGGAGUUACAGUCUGGGAGGUGGCCACCAGGACCCCCCCAACAGCCCCCAGCAGGGAGAUGCCGAGGCCGUCUACGAGGAGAUGAAGUACUUCCUGCCCGAGGAGGUGGGACUUCCGGUGGGAAGCACGAUUGCCAUGGCGACAGCCGCUGGGAAGUUGGAGGUGUUAGGGUUGAUGUUAGGGUUGGGCUUGUCUCCGUCUCAGAUUGGGGAGGGAAAGAGGGCAGGGCUGGGGGGUCUAGCCACCACUAUGGAGGCCCAAACAUCUGCCACCGGAGGGGCCAGCAAUAUCCCUGCACCCUUCCCCAACCUGCUCCCACACCGCCCCCCUCUCCUGGUGUUCCCCCCCUCCCCCGUCACCUGCUCCCCUGCAUCUGAUGAGUCGCCCCUCACCCCUUUGGAGGUGAAGAAGCUGCCUGUGUUUGAAACCAACCUGAACUACGCCGGCCCAGACAGCCCCCUCUCCCCCCAGUACUCCCGCCAGCGUGCUGACUCCUCCCCCUCUCUCUCCGUCCUCCUCCCAGACAAGCCCACUCCUCCUCUCACCCCUCCUCCUCCUCCCCCCAAUGCCCUGCCUCCUCCCUACCGCCCCCCCUCCCACUUUCCUUUCCCCCCAGAGUCCAGCAUCCUCUCCCUUACCCGGGCUGCUUCCGUCACGGGAGGUGGCAGCUCGGACUCUCCCAAACCCUCCUACUCCUCCUCCUCUUCCUCCUCCUCUCAUAGGGCUGGAGGCGAGAAGCCCCCUCCCUACUCUCCGGCCAAGUCCACCCGUCCAGAGCCACGCCGUUCCCACUCCUGCUCCUCCUCGCCCCUGCUGUUCAACCCAGCCAACGGGAGACCCCUGACUAGCCCUCAGCCAGCCCUGGAUGAGCUCAACACCCUGUUUAGCUCUGGACGCAGCCUGCUCAAGAAGACCACUACAGGACGCAAGAUGAGGGAGGGAGGGUUCAACUCCAACAUCAACCUGCCAGGUAGAGAGGAGCACCCAGGCUCCACCCCCACCUCCUCGUCUCCGCAGCUACAGGACAGGAACGCCAACAACCACACACCCCCCUCCCCAAGCCCCACUCCCAUUGAGAACGGCAACCGGCUGUCCAACGGGUCAAUGGAAGAUGAGGGUCACACAAAGUCAAACUCUUCCAGCUCAUCGUCUCUGCACAGGCAUAUGGACAGCCAUCACACUCAGGUGAUCCAGCGUCUACGUGGAUGUGGGGGGGACGAGGCCGCCACCCUGGGGGAGUUGCUCCGCUGGCGCAGGGCGCUGUGUGAGGGGCGGGCCGACUGGAGGCACCAACAGGACGUCAACGGAACACCACAAACCCCACCCACCACACUGGUCAGGGCUAAUAGGAAGUCUUCUCCAUAGUGGGAGGAUGUCCAACCUGGGAUAUGCCCACUUUCAAUGUCUCACACUGCCUUUCUUGUCUGCCUCCUGCCACGCCCUCCUGCCCAUGUCUGCCACCCCAUUCGGCAAAGGACAGGUCUGAGAGAGAGGCAUUUCAUUGGCUAGGACUGCCCAACCCACAAGAGCAUUAACAGAUAAAGGAGGUAGAAAGGGAAUAGAGCAGCAAUCAGGAUCCACUUUAUCUUAUCUCUCUCUCUCUCUCUCUCUCUCUCUCUCUCUCUCUCUCUCUCUCUCUCUCUCUCUCUCUCUCUCUCUCUCUCUCUCUCUCUCUCUCUCUCUCUCUCUCUCUCUCUCUCUCUCUCUCUCUCUCUCUCUCUCUCUCUCUCUCUCUCUCUCUCUCUCUCUCUCUCUCUCUCUAACAAGCUGGAUGUAGGCUAACAGAGGAGAGGACUGUACAUACAAUAGUUGCUAUGUGGAAUGAGGUUUGCCUAUGUGUUUUCUGUCUGUAGUAAAUAUGGUGCACGUUCUCUCUCUAUCAAAGCCUACCAUGCAGUUACUGCUUACGCAACAUCUCCCAGCCCAAACCCCAAACCCCAAAACAUGGUGCUGAUGUCACUCUGUGUGAUGUUAUAUGUGUCAGGUGUGUGAUGCGCACUAGGAUGAAGCUGCCCCGGCCUAGACGCUGAUCUAGGGUCUGUUUUUGCCUUUACCCUCUGAUGCUCAUGGGGAAGGUAAGUUGAUCCUAGAUCUGUGCCUAUGGGCACAACAGAACAUGUGUGUACCCUUCCCUCCAGACAUGUCUGAAGUUUACAAGCGAGCCAAGGCCUUUAAACAUGUCCUGUGUUAAACCUCACUGCUCUGGCUUACAGACCAGUUAUCAUCUCUAGGACCAGGAGGUUUUCCUGACCAUGUGAUCUGACCAGGGAAAACUCCUGUCUCUAGUCUUCUGGACUCCUUCAGGUAUCAGCUACCGCUUUAGCCUCACGCUACACGGUGCUUUAGGUGCUUCUGUAACCCUGGCAACAAUAGCUCAGAGUUCAGGGGUCAGGAAAACCUCAGCGAUAUCCCAUCGUGCACUUGUUUCAUCCCCAGCUGGCCAACAGCCUUUCGCUUUAGCGCGAACAGAACAUCCACAACAGUAAAAAAAAAAAAAAUUAUGGCAGAUAUUACUGACUAGGCAAGACAAUAGCAGAGCUGUAUUUGACAAAGAUGGCCAUAGUAGCUAGUUCCUGUAGCUAGAUCACCUGUGAUCAGAUUGUAUCAAUGUCCUGUAAGGUUUUUACUGGGCUUAGUGCCAUACAACGGGACUCUAGGCCAGUCAACCUCAGCUAUGGCUGAUGUAUUUUACUGAUGUGUUUGUGUAGAGCACACAAACAGACUGAAUAAAGAACAGUGUAGAUGACCAAUGCACAACUAUCUGUCGCAGUCCCUCAAUUAACUACUUAUCUAGACUUAUUCUACAAACAUCUCAGAGAAAUAAGCUCUAAACCACAAUGGUACUUUCUUCAUAUUAGCGUCCCAUUUGAUAUGUUCUAUCUUGUGUAAAUCAAUGUUAGGAGCCUGUACACUUUUCUGUACAUUUCAAGGAUGCAACUGGAGCACAACAGAGUUCUCAUGUAAAGCUACCCCAUCCUCCUCAAUCACUCUCUUUAUUUCCCUCCCAAACCCUGCAAUAUCCCAACACCCCCCAAGAUACUGUAGGGGUCAGAGGGCAUUGCCAGGGUAACCUCCCUGUAAAUAAUGGCCUAUGUUUAAUUGUCAAAUGUUUUAAUUUACUAUAUCAGAAUAGCACAGAAAUGGGAAGAUGGAAAGGGAUUUGGAGAAUUGUCUAUAUGGCAGAUGGAGAGUUAUAUGAUUGUCUUGGGUUUAAUGCAAUGACUGAGGCAAAGAGAAGAGGUUUAUUUUAUAAGGUGAACACCUUUUUUGCGGAAUGAUUGUCUACUUCUAUGAAACUUCUUUAUACUGUAUUUAUUUAGUUUGUUUGUUUGUUUCCCUGCGAUACCAUUGUAAGACAAUAUUACAGUGGCUAAAGACUGAGGUUUCCAUCAUUUGUCUGAUGGUUGUUUGGAUGAUAAAUUGCACAAUAUUGAUGUUUGGUGGGGUUUCCACAUCGUAAAGGAGUAGCUAGAAGUUGCCCCUAACCACUGAUAUAGGAUCAGAUAUUUUAACAUCCCCCUAAUGGUUACGGUUAUGAUUGGGGAGGGUAAUCUGACCAUGGUAAAUUGGAUGGGUGUGCCUAUGCAAGCCGUUGGUUCUUAGAAGAUUGGUUUGACUGUAAAAGCCAGGAAGUAUCAAUAGCUCUGAUUGAUUUCUCAUUUACACUGAUCACCCUUCAACAGUCUGAUUGAUCCUGUAUUAGGAAUUAGCAGCGCCAUCACUAGCGCGUCCUUGGUUGUUGAUUGAGCCGUGUGUGAGUGUGUGUAUGUGAUAAGAAACACUACAUUUUCUACAGAAAUUGGGCAAAGAUCACAUCAAACAUUGACUAGGAGUGAGCCACUUAACCAGACCUUCUGAACACCCAAGCUCUGCUAACGACAAUGGAACACAGUAUUUCAAAGUGAUAGUGUUAAGAUACCAUGUCUAUAUGUGAUUGGACGAUGCUUUAGGAUUGGAACGGAGGUGAAACAACACGUCUGGAUAGAUCAAUACAGUUGGUCAUAUUGUAGUUCUACAUCAUGUACAUAUGACUAUUGGACAGAGCUGCCACAGUGCACACAGUAUACUCUACUUUCAUUGAGACAGUACCAGCCAAUACCAGUUUCCUACACACAAAAUAAAUCACUUCAUAUAGGUAGGUGUACCACUCCUACUCCGAUGUGCUGAGGUCCACCACUAAACAGGGUUAAGGUUCGUCCUGUUUUGUAUUGUGUCUAUUUAUCCCAUACUACUAUGAAUGAUUUAGUGAAGCAGUGAAAACAUGAUGAGGAUGAAGAGGUAUGCAUACUUUUUUAAGGCAUUUCAGACAGGAUGUUAGUUCUUUGUCUCUCUGCAUGAUCUGACCACUCAUCAUUUCCUCUUACCCACCGAUGCACGGCAGUUAACGCUUGAUAUUUGAAUAUCCUUUUACCCUUUACACUGUGAAUCACUGCACUGUCUCACACUGCCAUGUCACACCGCCAUUUCACACUGACAUUUCACACUGUCAUUUAAGACUGCCAUGUCUCCUAUGCGCUUGUCACCCUACCAUGUUUCCCCUUCCAAAGGAAACCUUAAAAUACAGUAAAAGCUACACACAUAUGUCCCCCAACCCCGAUCCCCAAUGUGUUUUCUGACUUCAACUGAUCUAAAGAACUAGCUACUGCCAUUUUUCAUUCAUAGUCAGGUCUCCCUCUCUUUGUCAUAAGGUUCCUAGACCAGAUGUCUGGUGCUAAAGCCAGUGCAGAAGGGGCAUUUUAAUGUUCUCAGUCCAUGUACAGUAUUCCAAUGAUACAUAUUUUAGCACAUAGGCAUAUCACAGCCUUGUUUUCAUAGUUGUUGUUUUCUUCCCCUUCUUUUUGACAGACAUACAGUAUAGUUUACCUGCAUACAUUGUGUUUGUGGAAAAUCAGAAUUAUAUAUGUGUUGUUUCAUGUUUUGUUUCCAAUGUUUUAUAAAUACCUGUACAGCAAUAAAGCACAAUUGUGCCCA